AUGAGUAGCAAGAAGAAGAAACCUGCUACAGGAGAUCGAGAGUCAAAGACGGGAAAGGAGAUGAAUCUAAACCAGCCAUCCACAUCGACUACUUCCAGGCCUCGUCAAAAUGCCGCAUACGAAGAAACGAGAGAUAUGCUCAUAUUCGCAGCGGAUACAAUGGUUGCUGUGUCAGAGGCCACAGACUUACUGGCUCCUCUGAAAUCAACCGGUCUUUUACUGAAGAAGAUGUUAGAAACUACACGA